AGCUUGGGGGGUGGGGGUGGGGGUAAGGGGAGAAAACCCGACGCGCAUCCCCGGAGAGCUGGAAAAGGAGGGUGGUGGAGGAAGGAGGCGCCUCGGCUGCGGCCAUGGCCACAUUCACCCGGCAAGAGUUCUACCAGCAGCUCCUGAGCGGCUGCGUGUUGCCUACUGCUCAGCAAGGCUUUGAGCAGGUCUGGACACUCCUGCUCUUGUGCCUCGUGUGCCGUCUCCUCUGGAGAUUGGCUCUGCCAUCCUACGUCAAGCACCUGAGCACAGUCGCCAGCGGCUUCUAUGCCCUCUACCACUUCUUCCAGCUGCAGAUGGUUUGGGUCGUCCUCCUCAGCCUCCUGUGCUACCUGGUGCUGUUCCUGUGCCGCCACUCAACGCAGCGCGGCGUCCUCCUCUCCAUCACCAUCCUCAUCUACUUGCUCAUGGGGGAGAUGCACAUGGUGGACACAGUGAGCUGGCAUAAGAUGAGAGGUGCCCAGAUGAUUGUGGCAAUGAAGGCUGUGUCGUUGGGCUUUGAUCUGGACCGGGGCGAGGUGCCAGCCAUCCCGUCCCCAGUAGAGUUCAUGGGAUAUAUCUACUUCAUUGGGACUGUCAUCUUUGGACCCUGGUUCCGCUUCCGCACCUACCAGCAGGCCGUGGAAAGCAGGAAAAUGAGCUUCUCCUGGCUCCAGAAGGUCUGCCUGAGCUUCUUCCUCUGCCUUGUGUGCCUCAUCGUGUCCACUUGUGUGGCCCCCUAUCUCUUCUCUUACUUGAUACCCCUCUACAGCUACAAGCUACUCAGGAAGAAGCGCAGAAGCAGGAGCACCGUGGUGAGCUGGCUCCGGGCUUACGAAAGCGCUAGCUCCUUCCACUUCAGCAACUAUUUUGUGGGCUUCCUGUCCGAAACAACGGCCACGUUGGCAGGGUCUGGCUUCACAGAGGAGAAAGACAACCUGAAAUGGGAUCUGACAGUGUCUCGCCCACUGAAUGUGGAGCUGCCCCGUUCCAUGGUGGAGGUUGUCAGCAGCUGGAACCUGCCCAUGUCCCGUUGGCUCAACUCCUAUGUCUUCAAGAACUCCCUGAAAUUGGGCACCUUCUCAGCAAUCAUUGUAACCUAUGCAGCUAGUGCCCUCCUACAUGGGCUGAGCUUCCACCUGGCGGCUGUGCUGCUCUCCCUGGGGUUUAUCACUUACAUUGAACACGUUCUCCGGAAGAGGCUCGCCGUCAUCUUUGAUGCUUGCAUACUCUCCAAGAGGUGCCCGCCAGGGUGUUCACAUCGCCACAACACGAGUCUUUGGGUUUACCUCCUCAACCUGCUCUUUGGAGCGCUCGCCAUUUUCCACUUGACCUACCUGGGCUCGUUAUUUGACAUGGAUGCGGACGACUCUGUGGAAGAGCAGGGCUACGGGAUGUCCUACACCAUGCACAAAUGGUCUGAGCUGAGCUGGGCCAGCCACUGGGCAACCUUCGCCUCCUGGGUCUUCUACCGCCUCAUCAGCUGAGCUGCGACCUCCGUGCCGACUUGAGGAGACGGAGCAGAA